CCAACAAACACACAAACAGAGACACCUAUACACACACACAGAUAUGUACACACACAUAAACACACAGAAACAUGUACAUACACACACAGAGACACAUGUACACACACACAGACACAUGUAUACACACACAGGCACAUACAGACACGCAGACACAUGUACAUACACAUAGACACAUGUACAUACAUACACAGACACAUGUACACACAGACACAUGUACGUACAUACACACAAAACACACACAUGUACAUGUACACACACACACACACACACAGACACAUGUACACACACUUACAUGUAAAUACACUCAGACACAUGUACAUGCAUACACAGACACACACAAACACACACACAUGUACACACACGCACACACAAACACACCCUAUAAAAAGUUGCAGUACUUUAUUGUUCACUCACAGAGUCGGGUACUGCACUCUAGGGGGAGGCAGAGAGCAAAACAAACACACCUUCCUUUGCUUUCACUGUGCUCAGCUAUUGAGCAGUCUGAUGGCUCCCAGUGCCAAUGACAGAUCCAGCCUGAGCUCUGAGCCUGCUCAGCAAGACAGCCCUGGGGGACACACUCCCCCACCAUACUUUCCACUCAACAUUGGCGAGCAGGCGAGUGGAAAUUUCAAG